AUUGUAGAAACAGCUGUAGACCGUGAACCGUGGAGUGUGGGUCUGACACGGAUAACCUGGAUACCGGCUGGGUGGGCAUCAAGCAGCGAGAGACAGAAAAGCAGCGCUUCUUUCGUUCUUUUUCUUUUUCUUUUUUAAGUUUCUCCACUUUUCUUUCGAAUGGACUCAUUUCCUACAACAUCAACCAUGGCGAGCCGGCUUCUUCACACCCUCCAUGUGAUACUGAUUCUGGAGUCGAGCUGGGGUAAAAUGCUAUCUGAGGGUCUCGGUGAAGCGGUGCGUCAAGGUGCCGGUGGCUCACCGGCUGUGGAAGAGCGCGUCUUUGCGCACGAAAGCGCAAAGCGGGACAUGAUCUCCAUCAACAUGUUUAAAGUGUACGAGAAGUACAGCAAAGAGCCGCAGAGCCAGAGGGACGGAAACACCGUGAGAGGGUUUAAAGCUGUCCCGAGAGUCUUGCACAGCAAAGACGUGUUCCAGUUCAACCUGUCCUCCAUGCAAGAAUCAGAGUUCAUCCUCCACGCCUCAUUUCAUUUCCUCUACAAGCGGCCGCGCCACCACCAGCAACCUUGGCGUUUCCGAAGGCCCCGCCAUCCGUCCAGCGAACCCCAGCAUCCCUCGCCUCAGCUGCUCUUCUACGGAGCGUCCUCAAAGUCAGCUUUUGCGACGCCGCUGGGAAACCUAACUCUGGCUCCUUACAAGAAAGGCUCUUGGCAAUCGAGGGAUGUGACGGCAGUGGUGAAGAACGUCAGGGAUGCCAAAGAGCUGGUGGUCACGGUGGAGUUUGAUAUGGGGUUCGGGGCAACUCGGGGGCAGCAGAGAAGCCCUCAUGGCCAAGAACGCCUCUCUCCAGCCAACCUGCCGUUUAUCUUGCUAUAUGCUGAUGAUCGAGCUAUAGACGAGCCGAACAGCGUGGCCAUGUCGCUCCAGCGGUACGGGCCGUUCCCUGUAGCCGAGGACGCGUCCCGCUCAGCUUCGGCCUCAGCCUCGAGGAUCCGGAGGGAGCUUCAUCUCCGGAUCCAAACCAACGACAUUCCAGAGGUCCAGUACAACACCCUGAAGAAUCACGAACUGUGGCAGAACACGUAUUUCCCAGCCAAAGCCAAAGCCGCGGCAGUGAAACCAGGACGGAAGCAGGGCCAGGAGAGCAGCGAGGGCCUGGGCAAGCCCCAGGUGCUGAGUUUCGAUGAGAGAACGAUGAAAAAGGCCAGGAGGAGACAGUGGAGCGAGCCCAGGGUUUGCUCCAGACGCUACCUCAGGGUGGACUUCGCCGACAUCGGCUGGAGCGAGUGGGUUUUGGCGCCAAAGUCAUUUGAUGCCUACUACUGCGCCGGGGCCUGUGGAUUCCCCAUCCCUAAAGUGGUGCAUCCUUCCAAUCACGCCACCAUCCAGAGCAUCGUCAGAGCGGUGGGUAUCGUCCCUGGUGUCCCCGAGCCGUGCUGCGUUCCAGACAAGAUGAGUCCCCUCAGCGUUCUUUUCCUGGAUACAAGCAGGAAUAUGGUGCUAAAGGUUUACCCCGGCAUGUCUGUGGAUACCUGUGCCUGUCGGUAGGGCCGGAGCCGCCAUUGAAGAGCAACGUAGAGGGCAUUUCCACAUGGAAGAGGACGACAGUGAUCAGGACAGACUGAGGAUAAACUGAUACCAGUUACAGGGCUCUCCUUCUUCUGAGUCUCAGUUUGAGAACUCUUUUUGUGAAUUUUGGAUCUGGCAUGAUCCGAUGUUGACUCAACAAUUGCCAUAGACGUGUUUCUCUCCACCCAGGCCACCUCCAUUUCUUUUCCUCCCUUAAUCCAAAAGCAGUUUAAAAGAAGUGCACUUAAUACGAAAACCUGUGUAUGUACAGUAACGCAUUGACCGGCUGGAUGUUGAAGUUAAGUACAAAACUCUUGCAGGUAGAUCUUCGAUCCCUGUUGAUCCCUCAUAAACUUUUUCAGUCUUUCCAGCACCCUUUCACUUUUAUAAAGUGAUCUUGCUUGUUUUAAUAUUAGACACGAUAAGACUUGGUUUUCUCUGGACUCAGACCUGGUCUGGGAAAUGCCUGGGUUUCACCAGUUUAGUGAAACCGUCUGACAUCAGUUUCCUCUGCUGCUUGCCCCUGUCUAUGGGAUUCAACUGAAUUUUGGACACUGAUGAACUGCACAUUGACUAACCGACUCAGAAUGGACUGAGGGACACAGAGGCUGCGUGGCAUCCUGCCGAAAUCAAUCAACCCUCGUCAUGUAAAUACUGUAGCUACUAAUGCAAACUAAAUGGUACUUAUUCUUAAGUGAUGUGUCAGUAUUGAACACCUCCCAUAUAGCAGGAAACAUUAUUCAUGCAUGAGAGGUAAUAUCUUAUUUGAACUAUAUUUCAAUAGCUUUUGUUUAUAUUUUGUAUAUAAUGAGCAGGGUUUAUUUUUUUUUUUUUACACCUACUGAGAUUGUGUUGCCUCUGCUAUGUGUUACAGCAGAGAGGAAAAACAGUGCGUUGCUGCCACCUGCUGUGUAUUUUGGGGAAGUUGAAGAGACUAAAAACAUGUAAAGGAGAAAGUUAUAGAACUUCCUGUGGCUAUUUAGUAUGUUCUCUUUAAUACAUAAAUACUGUUUCUCAAAUGGUUAUUACAUGCACAGUUUGUAAUAAUAGUCGAUUUCUAUAGUAAGUAAAAAGGGAUACGUGUAUCUGACCUUAUAUCUGUAUGGCUAAAAGUGUAUUGGAAUA